ACCAGGAUCUCUUGUUUCAGAACACCGCGGACACCACCACUGAGGCGAGCGAGCACGGGGCAGGUGGAUUCAAGGGACUCAGCGAUACCAAAGCAGGCCACAACCCGAACAAUAUGGGCAACACGGAUUCCAAGUUGAACUUUCGCAAGGCGAUUGUGCAGCUGACGCAGAAGAACCAGAAGAUCGACCCCAGCGACGAGCAGUUCUGGGAGCAGUUCUGGCAGGGCCACCAGACGACGCUGGAGGAUGUCUUUGCGCUCGUGACCGCCAGCGAGAUUCGUCAGAUUCGCAACGAAAACCCGGCCAAUUUGGCCACUUUGUGCUACAAGGCGGUGGAGAAGUUGGCCCAGGCGGUGGACAGCAGUUGUCGCACGCAGGCGGAGCAGCAGUGCGUCCUCAACUGCGUUCGCCUGUUGGUUCGAUGCCUUCCCUACAUCUUCGAGGACGACAAGUGGCGCGACUUCUUCUGGAGCAGCCUGCCGUCGCAGGAGAAGACCAUGCCGCUGGCCCAAUCCCUGCUGAACGCCACCUGUGAUCUGCUCUUCUGUCCGGAUUUCACCGUCACGGCCACGCGACGCACAGGUCCCGAGAAGGCCGAGGAGCUGGCCAACAUCGAUAGCUGCGAGUACAUUUGGGAGGCGGGCGUGGGCUUUGCCCAAUCGCCGCCCCACAACGCCCACAUGGAGCGCCGGCGCACGGAGCUGCUGAAGCUGCUGCUCACCUGCUUCUCGGAGCCCAUGUACCGAUCGCCGCAGCAGUCGGAGGAGCCCAACAAGUGGAUAGCCUACUUCACCUCCGCCGACAAUCGGCAUGCCCUUCCGCUGUUCACCUCGUUCUUGAAUACAGUGUGCUCCUACGAUCCCGUGGGAUUUGGUGUGCCCUACAAUCACCUGCUGUUUGCGGAUACCACGGAGCCUCUGGUGGAGGCGUGCCUUCAACUGCUCAUUGUUACCCUGGAUCACGACAUGGUGGUGCAGCAGCAGCUCACGCAACCCGGUCAGGCAUCCUACGACGAGGGCAAUUGCGGCGACAACCUGUUCAUCAACUAUCUGUCGCGAGUCCACCGCGAUGAGGACUUUCACUUCGUGCUCAAGGGCAUAACCCGACUGCUGAAUAAUCCUUUGGUCCAGAACUACUUGCCCAACUCCACGAAGCGGCUGCACUGCCACCAGGAGCUGCUUAUACUCUUCUGGAAGAUAUGCGACUACAACAAAAAGUUUCUGUAUUUCGUGCUAAAGAGCUCCGAUGUUCUGGAUAUCCUGAUUCCUAUACUGUAUCACCUGAACUAUUCCCGGGCCGACCAAUCUCGCGUAGGUUUGAUGCACAUUGGAGUCUUUAUACUCCUGCUGCUAUCGGGCGAGCGGAACUUUGGUGUUCGUCUGAAUAAAGCUUAUUCCGCCACCGUGCCCAUGGAUAUACCCGUGUUUACUGGAACCCAUGCCGACUUACUGAUCACUGUGUUCCACAAAAUAAUAGCCACUGGCCAUCAGCGACUGCAGCCCCUUUUCGAUUGCCUGCUAACCAUCCUGGUUAACGUUUCGCCCUAUCUGAAAACCCUCUCGAUGGUGGCCAGUGUGAAGCUUUUACAUCUCCUCGAAGCCUUCAGCACGCCCUGGUUUCUGCUAUCGGCACCGAGUAAUCAUCACCUGGUCUUUUUCCUGCUGGAGAUCUUCAACAACAUUAUACAGUAUCAAUUCGAUGGCAACUCGAAUCUAGUCUACACAAUUAUACGCAAGCGUCAUGUGUUCCAUGCCAUGGCGAAUCUACCGACCGAUAUGGCUGGCAUUGCGAAGUGCCUGAGUGGCCGCAAGACGGGUGGCAAGUUCAAUUUGCCGCGGGUGCCGCAGAGGAGAACGCCAGCCGUCACCCAGGAGCUGCCAUCGGCCCAUGUUCCCGAGGAGUACAACGAAGAGGAUGAGGAGGAUGAUGACGAGGAGGAUACAAUCAAUGAAGAGCCCAAGGCGGAGGAGGAUCUCGAAUCGGAGACAGAAUCCCAUGAGCGAUCUCAGUCGGGGGAGCAGCAGUUGGACGUUCUCACUGCCCAGCCUGCGGAGCCGGGAACCCUUAAGACCUCCCUGCUGGACACACCGGCCAUCAGUCAGAUGACCGAGCGCGAGCAGGCCCAUCCGAAUGACAAGCCGCAGGCGGAUGCGGAUUCCACAGAGAUUGUGCCCUACGACAGGUCAGCUGCUUCGACGCCAACUGGCGAUGGCAAGUCCACGUCACCCACGGAACUCUCACGUUUGUCGGUGGCGCACAGAGGCAGCAUUCGCAUGGUGCCAGGCGAGGGCGAUCGUUGGGCACCCAAGCCCGAGUGGAUCGUCUCCUGGCGUUCGAAGCUGCCACUGCAAACGAUAAUGCGACUGCUGCAGGUUUUGGUGCCCCAGGUGGAGAAGAUCUGCAUUGACAAGGGACUGACCGACGAGUCGGAGAUCCUCAAGUUUCUGCAGCACGGAACGCUGGUGGGACUGCUGCCCGUGCCGCAUCCCAUUCUCAUCCGGAAGUACCAGGCCAAUGCGGGGACCACCGCCUGGUUCCGCACCUACAUCUGGGGCGUCAUCUACCUGCGCAACGUGGAGCCGGCCAUCUGGUACGAUACGGAGGUCAAGCUCUUCGAGAUCCAGCGCGUCUAGGUCAGUAAUAGGUCAGGUCACCAAACCAAAACGGCAGCGAAACUGUAGCUCACACGCUUUGGCAUUUAUUGUAGUUAAUUUAUUUAGUGCAUAUUUUUCAUUCCAAAUUAAUGUAUAAUGAAUUCCCCUUACCAUAUGUCUGCUUAUCGGUUUCCCCACCCAAAAAUGAGGCUUAUCAGUUGUAACGAUGUAGCGUGAGUUCCUUCUAACUGAUUUCGUUAUCGGCUUUUAGCAUUGAUAUUUAAUUGCUUUUCCUAGUUUAUUAAUUUAUAGAGCUCUCAAAAAUAGCGUUUGUACUUUAGUUGAAGACUAAAUUAUUUAACAAUUAUUGUAUUUAUUCUUGUAUCUGUGACACAAAAUGUUCCUUGUGCCGUAUUUUUAAUACCCUGCUUUAAUUAUUUAUUAUUUUAAUUUAACUUUUAAAGUUUCUGUAUUUUGAAAAACCAAGAAAUUCACUGCUAUAAUCGUGUGCUUUUGCCUCUGAUAACCGUUGAACUUAAAAAUAAAUAUAAUUCUUUCCACACCACUACACAAUUUAUUUAUAUUUCUCUAGCUGCUCUAACUAACACCAAAUAAGCUUUAUUUGCUCUUGUAAUAAAUAGAAAACU